CUUGAUUUUUCAUACUUACUGAGUGCCCCUUGGCAGUUGGCAGGCAACUUUUGGCAGUUGGCAGGACCGCAGCAGGCAGCAGGCAGGCAGACGAGAGGCAGGCGCUCUCACCAGGUUCAUCAUGUCCGACUGGGAUGCUGAUGACUACGUUGCUCCGGAACCCGCGACAUCAGUGAAAGCAGUCACCAUCAACAAAUGGGAGGGUGAAGACGAGGAAGAGGAUGUGAAGGACAACUGGGAAGAUGAGGACAAUGAGGAAGAAAAGAAAGAUUCGGAAAAGCCCCCAGAACCUACCAAGUCAGCCGCUUCUAAGAAACCUAAAAAGAACUUGGCAGAAAAAAUCCAAUUACAAGAGGAGAAAGAAAGGCUACUGAAGGAGGAACGAGCAAGUGCACAAGCUAUGAAAAAUCUUACACCAGCAGAACGCCAAGCAGAAAAGCUACGACAGAUGAAGUUACAAGAGGAAUCUGAACUUGAGCUUGUCAAAGCUACAUAUGGUGUUGAGGACUCUGACACUCCUAUUGCUGGAAUUGAUAGUGCCAAUCCUAGAACUACAGAAGAAUUCGACCAGUUAAAAGAGGCAAUAAAUAAUAAGAUUCAAGAAUUUUCAAAAUCACCGCAUUUUGUGGAUUUUGUAACAGAUCUAGUUCAGAGUAUGGUUGUAAACUUACCUGUGGUAGAUUUGAAGAAACUUAGCGCCAAUUUGACUUCUUUGGCAACAGAGAAGGCAAAAAUGGACAAGGCUGCUACCAGCAAAAAGAAAGGUGGUAAAUUCAAGGGAGCGAAGCUGAAGAUGGAUGACAGGGAUUUGACCACUGAAAUUGAAUAUGAUGAUCUUGAUGAUUUUAUGUAAUCUUGAUCAACAUGGGUUUGUGAAAUCAGCUUUUGGGCAUUGUCAGGAAGUUCAUGCUACUGGUGUGUGCGAGACUCAUAGUGUGUUCAGCCUAGUUGGAAAAUGACUGGUAAUGAUAUGCCGGUAAUUUUACCAUGACUUAGUUCUCUGAACAUUUUGUUUUUACUUUGAUGCAAUAACACAAUAAAUUUGAACUUAAGUCAUAGGACCGUAGCCAGCCUUUGGAAAAGAGCUCUCCCUGGAGAGAUGUUGGCAGUGUAUUUAUUGUAUUGUAUAUUUUUAACCGAGCUGGAUUCGGUCAAACUGGUCAAAAGGAAAUGUAAUGUCUCCCAGGGACUGGUCUCAAAUAUCAUUUGUCUCAUCUGCUCAGAAAGCAAAA